AUGUGUCCGAUUUGGCCGUUGCACCUGAUCAUCAUAUACCUAUUGGCGCUAUGUCCGCUGUGGGUGAUCUGCCAGGCGGUGCCCGACCUCACCGCGACCUUCAUCCCUGAUGGGGUCACCAUCAACAUGAACGAGUACACUUAUGUCAAUGUUUCUGUUAGCGGCACGGGUAUGGAGGCUGGAGAUGAAUUCACGUUGUCAACAGUGCACCCACAUUUGGCCGAAGCGGAAUGGAAUUCAACAUAUCAGUUGACGGAAACCGACGUCGUUAAUAGUAGAUUCGAAGGCAAUAUGAGAGUUUUGGCGAAAUUUUUGGGUAGAACAGAUGUGACGUUGAGCGGUAGACGCAAUAAUCAACCGCUAGAGGUCAAAAACAACACUAUGCCGGUGAUAGUGAUCAGACCAGAGAGGGUCAUAGACACUAUAUUCGUCACGUCCGUUGCUACUUUUGUGUCACUAAUCUUCAUAAACUUCGGUUGCGCGAUGCACUGGCCCACGGUGAAAGAAGUACUCAAGAGGCCUAUAGGGCCCGUUAUAGGGAUGUGUGGACAGUUUCUCUUCAUGCCACUUAUGUCUUUCGGUCUAGGGUUCCUGAUCUUCCCUGACGACCCGGCUAUGCGUCUAGGUAUGUUCUUCACAGGAGUAGCGCCCGGCGGUGGUGCUUCCAACAUAUGGACCUUCAUUCUUGGUGGAAACCUUAAUCUGUCGUUAGCCAUGACUUCAAUAUCCACACUCGCUUGUUUCGCUUUUAUGCCUAUGUGGCUAUUCUCCCUCGGUCAAGUGGUGUUCCGUAACGCUCAAAUAGUGGUUCCGUACACACGUAUCGCGACCUUCGUGAUAGGGUUGCUGGUCCCGCUGGGUAUAGGGCUGGGCAUGCAACGCUGGACGCCUAAGAUUGCCAGGUUCAUGGUGCGCAUCCUCAAAGGUUUCUCGACGACCCUACUGCUGUUCAUCAUCAUAUUCGCCAUCGUCACCAACUUGUAUAUCUUCGAGUUGUUUACUUGGCGGAUCAUAAUAGCCGGCAUGGGUAUCCCAUGGCUAGGUUAUUGCGCAGGUUACUUGGCAGCCUGGCUCUGUCGCCAGCCACACCCGGACGCGCUGGCUAUAUCCAUAGAGACCGGCAUCCAGAACACUGGCAUUGCCAUCUUCUUGCUCAGAUACGCUCUUGGACAACCCGAGGCGGAUCUUACAACAGUGGUGCCCGUGUCAUGUGCGAUCAUGACCCCGAUCCCUAUGACAUGCAUCUACAUCUUCCAGAAAGUCCAGGCUUGCUUUGUCAACCGAGGAAAGCACAAGAAAAUGUUGGAAGAAGACCUCACACCUCGAGGAGACUCGCCACAGCCCACAAUCCUCACAACCGCUGAUCUUUACGGACGGGCCAACAAAGGUCUAGACGAUGUUGAGGGCAACACCCCCAAGGCUGACGUCCCUGACGUCACAACCGACGGCAACGUCAACACCGUCUCCGCUACCGUCAACUAA